AUGAGUGGAAUUGAAUUACCGAAUGUCUUUGCCAAUACAUCUACCCCACGAAGAAAGGAUAAAUCAAAAUCUUUGGACUCACUUCUGGAGGAGUCUCCGAGUAGCUCAGAUACAUCAUCGUCUUCAUCACCUGGUGCAAGCAGUAGUAGUGGAGGUGAGGAAUACAUGAUGUCUCCUUCUAAACCCUCUCCAAUUAUUAUUGAUCUAACAAGUUGUAAAUACAAUGUUGUAAGAGAAGCAGCCUUAGCAAAUGGUUGGAAAAUUCGAAAACCAACAAGCAAUGCUAAAGAUUUCACAGUAUUUUGGAUGGACCAAUCGAGUGCUCCUGACCGUAUCAUGAAAUUGAGAACCUUUCAAAAGAUUAAUCACUUCCCUGCAAUGGGUGGUAUUUGCAGAAAAAUUCCGUUAGCACGAAAUAUGAAACGACUUCGAAAAGCAUUCCCAGAGGACUUCUCGUUUCUUCCUCAUACUUGGGUGUUACCUCAAGAAUACUUUAAAUUCAAGAAUAGCAAGAAAAUUAUUGGAAAAACUUACAUUAUCAAGCCCACCGCAGGCUGUCAAGGAAAAGGCAUUGUGUUAACACAAGACCCAACGGAUGCUGAGCGAUACGGAGAUUGUGUCGUUCAGCUCUAUGUGGAUAGACCUUUUCUUAUUGAUGGCUACAAGUUUGAUUUGAGAGUAUAUGCCCUCGUUCUCAGUGUGGAUCCUCUCAAAAUAUUCAUGUAUAAGGAUGGACUUGUGAGAAUUUGCACCGAAAAAUAUAAGCACCCUCCAGCUUGA